GAAUUCAACAGCCGUGCGUAGCGAGCGACGGGUGCCGUGCGUGACGUCGGUGCUGUUCUUGUUUUGGCAGUUUGUUUCGAUAUAUUCACCGAAAGCCAGUCCAUCAAGAGGGUGUUUUGUGUUGGUUCUCCACCACCCAGCUGCGAUGGUAUUGAUUGAGCAGUGACAGAUUGCAGGAAAGUUUAGUGUCACAAUGGCAGAUGGAGGCAGCGAUGAUGAAGUCAUUCACCUGGCGAGCUUCAACGUCCACCGCAGCCAAGGCUCCCGCUCCCGUAAGAGGGAGCUCAUCACCAUCUCCGAUGACUCGGAUGAGGAGCCUGUGACUCUGGUACCGAGCAGCCCUGUUUUAGUUCCAGAUGAUGACGACGUCAGCAUAUUAGAGCUGCUCACACCUGCUCGCAAACACGUGAUUCGCCCAGCCGCAAAAUGGAGUGGGGCGCUGCGCGUCCCGGUUCAGGUUUUCGAUCACAGUAGCGAAACUCCUGGGGUUCCCUCAGCGGACCCUGGUCCCGCCCCCUCUACCUCCAGAGACGCCACAGCCAGCUCCUCCGCAGCGAGGCUGGCCGCACGGACACACACAGCGGUGCAGACGAGUGGAUACACACAGUCACACCCCGGCACCUCGUCACACACACACUCUCAGCCAAAACCCAACAGGAACUCGCAGCACCAGGACGGUACGCCAGCACACACAAAAGAGGAACCCCACGCAGUUCCCAUCCAAACCCCAUCUACCUCUGCAAACGCCAACACAUCCAUUACACCAGGAAUACAUCUGCCUCAGCCCAGCACAUCUGGACUCACACACUCUUCAGUCAGGGGGGGGGCGAGUUCCUCCUUCAGUGCCACACGCUAUCGUUCUGCAUCAAGUUCUUCUACUAAGACUAAAGAAAAGGCGAGCGCUCAGUCACAUGACAACCCUCAGGCCAGCACCUCCUCUGCUCAAACGCGGACGCUGUCUCAGCCCGGUACAUCUUCACAGCCCCCCCCCACCAUCUCCACCGUACAGCAGCGCGUCAUCGUGUCGGGGGUCAAAAUAGUGGUUCUUCCGCAGCACCCGAGCACCCAGGCCUCGGCUCCGCAGCUGCAGCUCCGGCCUCAGAACGUGCUGCAGCCGGUGUCGCUCAACCGCCUGCAGGGGAACUUCGUUCAGAUGGAGCUGUGGCCCCUGGCUCAGGCCCCUGCCCAGCCUGCAGCCCACCCCCCUCCCCCCCCUCAGGUGUUCCCGGCCGCCCCCCCUGCAGUGCUAAUAGCUGCAGCCCCGGAGAGACUGGGCCCUCCUGAGGCGGGUCACCGGAUCAUCUUAGGGAGCCAAGCGCCCGGGGAGCACCUUCCCAACGCCCCCCCCGCAGGCCGCCUCCACAUCCGGGCCCCUAACUUAGUCUUGAAUGCUCCCGCUCCUCCAGCUCCCGCAGCUUUGGUUGCCGUGGGAAACGCUCGUCUCGUUCCGGCUCCAAACCCAGAAAGAGUUAACCCCGCCCUGGGACUGGUGGCCGUGCCGCCCGCUGCGGAGGACGCCCCCCGGAUCGAGGACGCCAGGCCCGGCCCCUCCGCAGCAGGAGGGAGGGCCGAGCUGCUGCCCCACGUCAGAGCCCUCAUCACUGGGGUGUUGGAUCUUUUCCCAGACGUCCUAGAAGCCUAUGUAGCAGAACUGAUCCAAACUAAUACUGUGAUGGACUUGAAUGUUAUCUGUAACCUGCUGUUGGAGAACCCGGAGUAUCCGAGGGGCGGGGGUGCAGCAAACCUAGCCCCCACCAGCAUCCUGCUGGAGUCUGGAGACACCCAGACAGAGGUGACCGAAGACCUGUUUGACUUUAACAAACUGGGCACGGUGGGGCUGGAGGCGUCCAUGCAGGCGGCCGACCUGCUGAUGGCAGACUUCAGGAUGCUCAGCUGUCAGGACAUCAAAUGGUCCCUCAACGCUCUGAAGGGACACUAUGCAAUCACACGCAAGGCCUUAUGUGAAGCGCUGAAGAAGUGGCAGGAAUCAGGCAAAGAAGGAAAGAGAAAAAGAAGCAGAGCCGCCUCCUCCGAGCGCUGCUACGUAGACUUUCAUUUUGAGCACGGCUCUGUGAAGUUUGAGAAGAGGAUGUAUUUCCUGGAGAGCGACCGACGCUACUGCAGGACGUACAACAGUCUGGAAGCUUCUGUGCAGAAUGAGCUAACCUUCUACAAGCAGAAGGCCAAGGAGUGGGCCGAGCAUGAGGACUUCCUACUGGCUCUGCAGGUCAAUGAAGACGAGUACAAGAUGGACGGGCAGCUGAUCGAGUGCGGCUGCUGCUACGGGGAGUUUGCGUUCGAGAAGAUGACGCAGUGUUCAGACGGACAUCUGUUCUGUAAAGAGUGCCUCGUCAAAUACGCUCAGGAGGCCGUGUUCGGCUCGGGGAAGUCGGAGCUGAGCUGCAUGGAGAGCGGCUGCCCGUGCUCCUACCCGGUGUGUGAGCUGGAGAAGGUCCUACCAGAGAACAUCCUGUGUAAAUACUACGAGAGGCAGGCGGAGGAGGCGGUCGCUGCCACCUGCGCUGAUGAACUUGUGCGGUGUCCGUUUUGCACUUUCCCAGCGUUGUUGGACAAAAACAUGUCUCUGUUCAGCUGCCCCAACCCUCGCUGCCGCAAGGAGAGCUGCAGGAAGUGUCACGUCCAGUGGAAGCAGCACAUGGGGAAGACGUGUGAGCAGGUCCUGGAGAGAGACGAGAUCGGCAUGAGGGUGCUCUUUGAGGAGCGCAUGACGGCGGCCCGGGUGAGGAAGUGUGUGAAGUGCGCCACAGGCCUGGUGAAGUCCGAGGGCUGUAACCGGAUGUCGUGUCGCUGCGGCAGCUUCAUGUGUUACCUCUGCAGGGAGCCCAUCACCGGAUACAACCACUUCUGCCAACACGCGCGCUCGCCCGGCGCUCCCUGCAGACACUGCCGCAAGUGCUCGCUCUGGACCGACCCCACGCAAGACGACGAGCGAAUCAUUCAGGUGAUCCAGAAGGAAGGAGAGGCCGAGCUGAACAAGAAGAGCUCCGAUAAUUCGGGGAAGCGGGUCGGCCCCCCCCCGGAGCCGAUCACCGAGGUGAAGCGACCCAGAGUGGGCCCGGCGGCAGAGGACCCGCCCUGGCCCCCCCCCCCUCACCCGCUGGCAGUCCAGGCUCCCCUCUUCGUCCCCCCCCACGCCCAAUUCCCCCCUGCUCCUCCACCGCAGGGCAGGAUGUUCCAGCAGGUGAUUCUACCCAGACUGCCCCCGGCCCCCUACGUGCCCCUUCUACCACACCUGCCCCCCAUGAACAACAACAACCAUCACCACCACCCAAACCUUCCCGUACACCCGCCUCUCCCCCAAAACAUGGACAUGAUGGACCUGCCGAUGCACUACGGCCCCCCCCACCGCUACUACAGACGCUUCUAACACACAGUCCUGCUUCUCAUUUCAGUGCCGUUUUCCACAAUAUUUUGUAUCGAUUCCAGCAAGCAUCAAUGUUUAUUCCCAGUUUAUACAGAUAUUUUUGAGAACAUAAUUUAAAAAAAAAGAAAAACUGUUAGCAUUCCCUUCUCAAUCUUUUGUGUAACAGGUGAGACCACACCGUUUUCAAAUAAAGAGUUCUGUUAACGUUG